CACCCCAUUUGGAGGGGUCCCCUGGUGAAGUGGACAUGUGGAAGUGAGAUUAUGAUGCCAACAUUGUGAUGCCAUCGUCGCAAUUUGGAAGCAGAAAUUUAUUCAACAGACAUUCAGUUCAAUCUCUGGUGAAAUCAAAUUCUGUCUCUCAGUUUCCCUCUCCAUAUGAACUGAAUUCAACUGCGCAUGAACGCAAGAUUUCUGGUCUCUUCACCAUAUGGGAACCCUCUCCUUCCCAAUUGCGUCCUCCAAACCCCGCUUGUUACCGUCUCGGAGCCGAAUUGCGUUUUCAAAUCCUUCUCUUCAACCAUCUUUCCCUUCUUCUGCGUUUUCCGUUCCUAAUUUUCCCAAUCUCCACCUUCGGCGGCUUGUUCUCUGCGCCACAGCGGUAAAUGAUCACUCGAAUCACGAGGAACACCAUCGUGUUCAUAAUCAUCAUCACCACCAUCACCAUGGUCACCACCAUUGCGAUCAUGAUGCGGAGCUGACUGGGCCUCAGAGAGCGCUGAUUGGAUUCGCUAAAGCUAUUAGAUGGACGGACUUGGCGAAUUAUUUGAGGGAACAUUUGCAAUUAUGUUGCUGCUCAAUGGCUUUGUUUGUUGCUGCUGCUGUUUGCCCUUAUUUGGUGCCGAAACUAUUUGUGAAGCCUUGCCAAAAUGCUCUCAUUGCCAUUGCUUUUCCUUUAGUCGGGGUCUCCUCAUCCCUUGAUGCUUUAACUGAUAUUAGUGGAGGAAAAGUCAACAUCCAUGUACUUAUGGCUCUUGCAGCCUUUGCAUCCAUCUUUAUGGGGAACGCCUUGGAAGGAGGGAUAUUGCUUGGCAUGUUUAAUUUGUCUCACAUUGCGGAAGAGUAUUUUAUAAGUCGUGCAAUGAUUGAUGUCAAAGAGUUGAAGGAAAGUUAUCCAGAUUCUGCCCUUGUUUUAGAUACAAAUGAGGGUAAACUUCCAAAUAUUGCAGAUUUGUCCUACCAGAAGGUGCCUGUCCAUGAUGUACAAGUGGACUCCUAUCUAUUGGUUGGUGCUGGUGAGUCUGUUCCUGUAGACUGUGAAGUUUUCCAAGGUAGUGCUACAGUCACUAUUGAGCACCUAACAGGUGAAAUCAAACCUUUGGAGAUUACGGUGGGAGACAGAGUUCCUGGUGGUGCAAGAAACUUGGAUGGUAGGAUAAUCGUUAAGGCCACAAAGACCUGGAAAGAGUCGACGUUGAGCCGGAUAGUGAACUUGACUGAAGAGGCACAACUGAAUAAACCAAGACUUCAGAGGUGGCUGGAUGAAUUUGGCGAGCAUUAUAGCAAAGCAGUUGUGGUUUUGUCCAUUGCUGUUGCGCUUGUUGGUCCAAUGUUGUUCAAGUGGCCAUUUAUUGGUACAUCAGCUUGUAGAGGAUCGGUUUACAGAGCUCUAGGCCUCAUGGUAGCAGCAUCACCUUGUGCUUUGGCCGUUGCACCAUUGGCUUAUGCUAUUGCAAUUAGUUCCUGUGCAAGAAAGGGGAUAUUGUUGAAAGGUGGCCAUGUAUUAGAUGCUUUAUCUUCUUGUCACACUAUAGCAUUUGAUAAAACUGGGACGUUGACUACUGGAAGCCUUAUUUUCAAAGCAAUUGAACCAAUUUACGGACAUCAGGUCAGAGAAAACAAAUCAGACUUUGGUUCCUGUUGCAUUCCCUGCUGUGAAGAAGAAGCACUUGCUGUAGCAGCUGCAAUGGAGAAGGGUACUACCCACCCAAUAGGAAGAGCUGUGGUUGACCAUAGUUUGGGAAAAGACCUCCCUUCCUUUUCUGUCCAAAAUUUGGAAUAUUUUCCGGGUAGAGGACUCGUUGCAAUGCUGCAAGGUAUUGAGUCAGGAACUGAAGGUGGGAAACUAUUGAAAGCAUCUCUGGGUUCCUUGGAUUUCAUCACGUCACUCUACGAAUCAGAUACCAAAUCAAAAAAGAUCAAAGAAGCUGCGAGCACGUCUUCGUAUGGAAGUGAAUUUGUUCAUGCUGCUCUUGCAGUUGAUGGGAAGGUUACACUUAUUCAUCUUGAGGAUCGACCUCAUCCUGGAGUUUCAAGUAUAAUUGCAGAAUUAACGGAUAUAGCGAAACUUCAUGUUAUGAUGUUGACUGGAGAUCAUGAAUCAAGUGCAAGGAGAGUGGCAAAAGCAGUGGGCAUCAAGGAAGUCUACUUCAGUCUAAAACCUGAAGAUAAGCUUAGUCACGUGAAAAGUAUCUCUAGGGAGCAUGGUUGACAAAUGACCUUUNUCAUGGUUGGUGAAGGCAUUAAUGAUGCACCAGCUCUUGCUGCUGCCACCGUGGGAAUAGUGCUCGCUCAGCGUGCUAGUGCAACUGCUAUAGCUGUGGCAGAUGUUCUGUUGCUGCGGGAUAACAUUUCUGGUGUACCAUUCUGCAUCUCCAAGUCACGUCAGACGACUGCCCUAGUUAAACAGAAUGCUAGUCUUGCCUUAUUUUCAAUAUUUAUCGCCUCCCUUCCCACAGUUUUAGGGUUUCUCCCUUUAUGGUUAACGGUACUUCUGCAUGAAGGUGGUACUCUUCUCGUUUGCCUCAACUCCAUACGCGCUCUGAAUAAUCCCAGUUGGUCCUGGAGGCAGAACUUUAGUCAAUUGCUACUGAAGCUCAAAUUUAGGGGCUCGCAGCCAAGCCUUAAUACCAUCUCUACCACUGUACACUCUUCCCCUGUAUAGCUCUGUUCUACAUCUGUACAAGCUUCCCGUUUAUAGCUCUCUCUCUCUCUCUCUCUCUCUCUCUCUCUCUCUCUCUCUCUCUCUCUCUCUCUCAUUAAGCCACAUUUGGGCUGUAAAAUGUCAGACCAUUUCUUAA